AUGCCGCAGUAGUAUAUGCGUGGCGCACUUUGAUUUUUUUCAUUACCUGCAGCGCGACCGUGGGUUAAAUCGGGUUGCGGUGAUUCUUCUCUGCGAGCUGAUCGCGCAGAUCAUGCUCGAUAAUAACGCUCAGCUCUUCUCGGACGAGGACGGAGCUGACGAGGAAGUUGAAAGUGACAGCAUGAAAC